UUUGAGGCAUCGAUACAGAGUUUUACGUUGACUUCGCACUCCAUCAAUACGUCCGCACCACUACUGGUCGGGUCGGUCACCGAUGACCAGGGCGAGAAUGAGUUGAUACCACCGACGAGUUUACUGGAGUUUCCACUGUUGGCUCACUAUUGUAACGAUAUAUUGAGCGCAAUGAAUGAAAUACGGCGGACAACGCCACUGUCUAUCAUCGGAUCCCUGGCCAACACGUUAAACGAGUCUUUCCAACGAGUCUCCACUGCGAUCACCAAAUAUUUUAGACGUUAUAAAAGCAAA